AUGCCCCCUAUAUCAGAUCAAGAUACCGACUAUACCUCGAGCGGGAGUCCCCGACCCACUAAGCCGAGUCAGAAGGCAACAACGGCUGGAGUUCAGAUUCCUCUCAAGAACGGCAGAAAAAAUGGGACGGCCAAAGAUGGCGGCAGCGGAGUGGUGGCAGCGGUGACAAGGAACUCUUCGAAGGCUAUGAACUCGAAGCAAUCAGCUCAUGCAAACCGGACCCAGUCGACGGAUAUGAAGCCAGUAGUAAAAGCUUCAAAUGGAAACCCUAUUACGUCUCCUCUGUUGGACGCCUUGUCUUCAGCUGCCUUAGACCGAUCACCGUCACAGAACACGGGCGAAUGGACGAGGAACCUGCCGGCAUUUUCCUCAUCUCCUGGCAACCUGAUCCAGUUGGAUUCUCCACCUCGGGGAGGCGACGAGAUGCUUUCAAAUUUUGGAUGGACGACAAAAGAACAGAGAGAAGUCGUGAACGGACAUGUCCAUUCAGCUUCUCCACCUGUUAGAAGAAGACCACUUAGCUAUCAACAGGAUAGCAACUUGCCCCAGGGCUUCGACGGCCACCGAUCUCCGCCUUCUUCGUCCCAUACCAGGAGAAUGUCGCUGUACUCUGCUCAGAAUAACCGCUACGCUCAGCACCCUCCUCUUCCGCACCUGGCUCAAGCUCAUUUCUAUGGUGCACCAGAUGCCAACUUGAUACUUUCACCACCAACGCCUGGUAUUACUCCUGGGGAGAAUGGAUAUCACAGUGGCUUCGAUCACCUUCCAGCAACAAAUACGAACGUAACCGAAGACGUGGUCGUGACUGGAUACGAAGGCGGUGUCAGCAUUUUUGCCGUCUCGAAAAAAGGCCUGAAUAAGAUUUCGGGACUUGAGGGCCUUCGAGGUGGUGUCAUCAAUGCCAAAAUCCUGCCAUGGACUGGCAACGGGGGAAACUCGCAUCUAUAUCCACUCAUUGGCGUUGUGAUUCAUGGUCCGGUCCUGACAUCGGAUAACUGUUCAACAGGUACGCCUUCAUCAGAAGGUAAAUCAGCGGGUCAGAAUGGAAGCGUGCGUGGCUCACCGAAGAUACACGGACAACAAAUUGAAGAACUGGAUCCAGUUGAUUACUAUCAGACAACAGUCGAGAUCUACUCCUUGGGGAUGAAAUCCCAUGUAGCGACACUUAUCUCGCUACCGAAAUCCAUUAUCACAAUACCUUCGACGAGUCCCUUGUUCAAAGCGCCCCUUCCAACAGGAUCAUUGACCAUCCGUGCAGACAGUGGCAACGUUAUUGUAGCAUCUGGAACGACAGGCGAGACUUGGAUAUUCCGCCAGGGAGAUAUGGAAAACUCUCUGGAAAGUUUUAGAUGCAUUGGCAAGGUCUGGGCAACAGUUCAGCAGAGAAUCAGUGUUGAGACUGGUGGUGUCUACAAGUUCGCCGGCGAACCUCAUGCAUCUGAGCAGUCUGCAGCACGGAAGCAGUCCAAAGCUUCGACUUUGUCUAUGAAUGGCCGUUGGUUGGCAUAUUGUCCUUCAGCGCCUUCCUCUCAAAUAUCUCUUCGAGCUACCGUUCCUGGGAUAGGUUCGGCAGCCAGGGUUCCGGGACUAAAUUCCCACGCACCUCCAAAUCUACCUGGGGUGAAUUGUUCGGUGGAUUCGCCAGGUGGUGACAGUAUGGUCAAACAGAUUGUCCAGCUUGGGACUCAGAAAUUCAUCGAAGCAGGUAACUAUCUGACGCAGCAGGGAUUGUCGGCAUGGAAUAAUUAUAGGAACAAGCCGAUCCAGAGCCAAUCUGCGAUGGGCGGUAUGCCUUACCAAACCAAUCCAAACAUGACCCAGCAGUUCCCUCCAACACAUGGUGUCCAAGCACCCACCCCUCUCGUAAUCAAGGACCCUGGGCUCAUCUCCAUUCUCGAUUUAGAGGCUCUCAGUCACCAUGUCUCGUCUUCUGGAUCACCACCUCAUCCUCUGGCAACAUUUCGGGUUCCUCAUGGAUGUAGCUUCUUGUCGUUCGCUCCCAACGGCUUGGCUUUGUUCACAGCCAGCAACAAGGGCGAUAUCCAAUUCGUGUGGGACUUGAUGCGGAUACAAUAUGCGAAGUCAUCCUUCCUCAAAGGAGGAGUCCAGGGCACCGGGGUACAAGGCCCACACGUAAGACAGAUUGCCCAAUUUUCACGAAUGACUAUUGCCAGAAUUGUCGACGUUGUUUGGACCUCGCCCCAUGGCGAGCGUGCUGCAAUGGUCACUGAGAAUGGCACAGUUCACGUUCUGGACCUUCCUGCCAGCGCCUUUGCUUGGCCACCCCCUCGUCGGAGAUUGCAGCCUCCAAAAAGCGGCGAUACUUCAGGGGAAUCCAUCGGUCCUGCUCUUACAGCCACCGGAGUAGCUACAAGUGCAGUCAGCUCUCUCUGGACGGCUGCUCGGCCUCUAGUUAGUCGCCCUCGUCGAAGCAGCGUAGGGAUUUCGGCUAGGACCGUUACUGCGCAAGCCGGGCACGGCACGCAAGCGUUGGCUGCUGGAAUCAGCAGAUCCGUUGGUGCUGCGACAGGAAAGAUGAAUGAAAUGCGAAAAUCCGCGAAUACCACCAAGCUCCACCUCCCCAGAAACCACAGCGCUCCAUCGAGGGCUUGCGUUCUCCUACUCAAUGGCAGACGAAAUGACUCCGUGGUUGUCCUUGGGGGCGGCAUAGUCCGAUUCUACACCAUCAAAAACCGACGAGCCGACCGUCCUGCAGAUAAGCAAAAGGCCUCUAGAGGUUCCAAGUAUGUUGAGUUCAGGUUGCCAUCACUCCCAGACUUUAAACGCACACCUGAAGUCAUGCGUGAUUUCAACGAAGCUGGAGACCUCGAGCUCACAGAGAAGGACAUUGAAGAUUCUCGCUGGAAAACUAGGCAAUCCCCGUCACCCAUCACAAAGGCACAUGGUACCGAAUCGUCGAUUCCUCAAGCAGAGAUAGAGUCCAACGCACCAUACCAGCCAUUCCAUACCGAUAGACGUGUGAGUUUGCACGUAUACUCGAACGAGGAAAUUGCUCUACCAUCACCAUCUGUCUCUGUGUUGGUAUCCCCACCUCGCGCUAUUCCAGGUGUGAAAACGACCCAGAGCGGCCAAGCAAAACCCUGGGCAUUUGGCGGUUCCAUCAGUGCGAAAAAACUUGACGUUGGGCCGCCGCACAAUUCCGAUGACGACGAAUUUGAUGUCUCCGCUGAUACUCGAGCGCUGCCUUCCUCCUCGAUUGAGCGGGUGUUCAGGGUCUCAGACAGUAUGGAUCACAUGGAGCAGAUCGUCAUCACUACGAGAAUUCCCAAGGCUCCUCGUGGGGGUGGAUCCACAAACGCUGGUGGCGACGAUGAAGGGUUUUUCGAGGAUGACUGCGAUGUUCUAGAUUUUGCAAGCCAGCGAGUUUGA